AUGGAAAGUACACCAUUAUCUUACCAUUUUCAAUCUAAGAUAUUUUUAUUAGAUUCUCGUUUUCAAGUACCUGAAACAAAUAUUGAAGAACAUUGGAUAAAAAUCCUAAACGAUGUUAAUGUUAGGCUGGGUGAUGUUAAAAGUGACGAAGAAGCAUUAUCUGUUUUUCAGACAAAUUUUUCUUCUGAAUUAUCUGAUAAAAAUUCUUUACCAAUUUUGACAAGAGGAUGUUUAUAUGGAUACUUGACAGAUGAAAGUAAUGAUGCAAAAUAUUUUUAUUUAUUGAAGUCACUUGCACUUGCUGAAAAAGAUGAGGUAGCAUGGACACAUUUAUGUAUAUCUAUGAACCAAUUAGUAUUGGAUCAUUUUCACAUACUCAAUGUGUCAGCAAGAAAUAAAUUAUUUUCAUUAAUAAAUAGAAUGAUAAAUGAAAAUAUAAUGAUUGUAACGACAACAGUAACAAACAUAUUUCAUGCAUUGUGUGGAAAAGAUUAUAAACGUGAAAAAGAUAAUCUUAAAGCUUUAAAUGAGCUUUGUACUUUAUUACUACAUUUUAAAAAAUCUGAUUUUUGUAAUUCAAGUAAGAAUAAGGAUAUAUGUUUUUUAUAUAGUGCAAGUUUAAUGAUACUAAGUCGAAUUUUAAUGGAAUAUGCUAAAGCUGAAAAUUCAGAAAUAGCUAUGAAAAGUCCUAUUGCAGAAUUUAUAAUAUUUAUUUUAACAGAAAAAACAUGUGAAUUACCAGUUAUGGGAAGAGAACUAUUUUUAGUAUUUAGAACAUUAAGUAAAAUAAAUGACAUAGAUAUUAUAAUAAGAAAAUUACUGCAAACACAUUUUUUAAAAGAUACUAAAAAUUAUACUUUAUUAGAUGAAAUAGCAUUUAAACCUUCUGCACCUGCUUUAUUUACAAGAAUUGUACCAAUGCUUUUGGGUAGAAAAAUUUCAUUCAUCUGUUCACAUAUUCCACCAGGUAUUAAUGUUAUACCAUUGCGACAUAUGAAUAUUUUUUAUGAAAAUUAUAUUUCUGGUCCACAAGCAACAUCAUUGGCUGGAGAAGUUUUAAGGUAUGUCAUGUAUUCACGUGAUUUGUUGACAUUUGGGCAAAACAAAGCCUCGAAUAUUGUAACAUGUGAUAAACGUGUAUCUUUUAUAUGUAUGCUGAUGAAUAUGUUUAUAAAAAAUAAUUCUGAUUUUUCAUAUCUUGUUCAACGUCUUGUAUGGGAUAUUUGCUUUUACAAUGAAAAUUUUGAAUCUGAAUUUAUUGUUGGUGAUAAAUCAGUUACCUCAGAAUUUUUUAAACUUUUUUCAAUUCCAUGUAAAGUGAUUUUAUUUUAUUUAAGCACUGCUCAAACACCACAAAUAUCAAUAAUUUUUGAUGUAAUAUUUCAAAUCUGUGAUUCAUAUAAAGGAAAUUCUGUUAAUUGCUAUAAUUCAUUUGGAAAUUAUUUGAAAGUAUUAAAAAAACAUUCUUUUAUUAAAGAACCAUUAGAUAUAUUAGAACAUGGAAAAAUUACUGCUAGUGUUAAAGAAAGAUUAAAAAAACAUUUACCUGAAUUUUAUCCAAAUAAAGUUAAUAUACCAAAACCAACUAAUUUAAUGAUGAAUGAUAAUAGUGUUGGGCCAAGAUUUAUACCACCUUCAAAAUUUACGCAAAAAGGUGAUUUAAGUAAUAGUUUAAAUAAAAUGGCUAUUAAAUCUUCUACUUCAUUAACAAAUUAUAAUAAUACAAGUACUGAUGUUACAAAAGAAUCUAAAAAAGAUUUAUUUAAUAAACUUAAAAAUAAUAUGAAAUCUAAUAUGGUUGAAAAUGGAAAAAAUAUGAAAGAUGAUAAUUCUGUUAGUGAAGGAAGAAAACCAUUAUUAAGUUAUGAUAAAGAUAAUGAAAAAAACAAAAUACCAAAAAGUAUAAAAAGUGAAAAAAAUUCUAUUGAUGUUGCUAUUUGUAAAUUACCUAAUGAAUUACAACAAUUAUUUAUUAACAUGACAGAAAAUAUUGACAUUAACUUAGAAGAUUCUGGAAAUCAUAUGCUUAGUAUACUAACAUACUUAACAGAAAAUUCCAAUAAUGUUGGAGAAAGUUUACCUCCUUUAUUGUGUGACGCUUUUUCAAUUACUUUUGAUAAUUUUUUUAAACAAGAAUCAUUUAUUCCUGAAAAAAUUGAUAAAAAUAGGCAGAAAGAAUUUUUUAUGCAUCCAUUUUUUGUUCUUCCAAGAAUGAUUAAUACACUAGAAUCGAGUGAUGAAGCAAGAAAUUUAUUAUUAACUUUACUUUCAUUACUAGUAAAAAAAGUUAGUCAAACUGGUUUUUUAGUAUUAUUCUUUUUAAAUGAAGAGGAGGGUAAUGAAAAUAUAAAUUCUAUGAAAAGUACAUUAUAUAAAGAUUUAUGGAGAAUUUUGGAUGUUAAUUCUUUUGAGGAACAAUUAGGGCAUGAUUUAAAAUUAUGUAAUACUUGUGAUCAUGUAUUAUUUUUCAAAUGUCUUCAGUAUGCUUUUAAAAAGUAUCAAAAUGAGUAUUUGGCAUCUGUUUCAUUAAUGAAAUUGAUGUUUUAUUCUUUAGAUCCAAAUCAAUUGACAAAUCUUCUAGAAAUUAUUGUAGAUGAUGAUGAUAUAGCAAUAUUUACAAAAUCUAGUUUUCCCAAUAUAUUACUUGAUUCUGUUUCAUGGCCAGAUUAUGCUCAAAGAAAUUUAUGGGAUUUAAUUGAUAGUCAAGACAUUCAUUUUGAUUGGUAUGUUCCAUGUAUGCAUAAACUUGAUAUUGAAAAGUCACCAAUAUUAAGAAGAAAAUUGUAUAUUUUAUUUGCUUAUCAUCCAUCUCCACUACUACAAAUGAUUAAGAAUAUAUUCCUAAGAUCAACAAAUGAUAAAUUACCUUCAAUGUACUUAAAAAUAACAAUUGGUAGUGAAGAAGCAGGUGAAAAAUUAUUAACACAUUUAGGGCAACUUCUCGUUAAAUCAUUAGAGAAAGGUGAAAUUUAUGAUAACAAUGAAAAUGGAAAAAUAAGAAAAAUAUCACUAGAAUUAAUUUAUUCUCAUUUAAAUACAUUUAUAACGCAAUUUUAUAAAUCUAAUAGUGAAGAUGCUGUGAUACAAGAUUUUUUUAAUGAUAAAGUAAUUAAAAAACAUUUUCAAUGUAUUAAAAAUCAACCAAGUUGUUAUAAACUUCGUCAAAAAUAUCAAAAAUUACUUUCAACAAUAGAUAUGUUUUUGAAUGUUAAAGGUUCACCAAAAUCAAAUAGAAGACGAAGAGUAAGAAAUAAUUCAUGUAAUGAUACUGAAAAAAUAAAACCAAAAAGAAGGAGAGUUGACAUUGAUAGUGAUAGUGAAUCAUCUGAUUUGGAUUGA